AUGAGGAUCAGUGUUAAUGUAGAUGACGAUGAGUACUCCUCCAAGAGGCUAAGGAUCGGGAUAUGGCCCUCAAGGUCGUUCAAGAUGUUUGACGAAAUAAUCCCAGAGCUACAGUCACACAAGGGCUCUAUGGAGACUAAUGUGGAAGUUUACAGAGAUAACAGAGAUGAAUUCCUCUCUGACGACCUAUUUGCCCUUGUAGCUCACUCCGAUAACGUCUGCCUGCUGGGAACAAACUAUAACUAUCAGACACAUUUGGACAAGGCGAUGAUGAGGAAAUCAAAGGAUACAUCUGAUGACGAGUCGUUUACUGAUGAAAAAUGCUUUAAAGCGUCCACACUACUUGUUAUUGUCUCAAAGGAAGACUUGAACAGGAUCGAAUUGAAGGAUCUUCAGAGUCACAUUAUUUCAAUAAUAGAGCCGUUUAAAGCUUUCCAGGCGAAUCUAAAAUGCAUACUGAUCAUGCAUGGUCUGAGAGACUAUGCACUUCAUGGCAAUAUGCUACGUAACAAAAACGGUGAAAUAAAGGUCAAGGAUAGCCAUUUACUACACACCUCAAUGCUAAAUGAGUUAACGUGUCAUUUGUUAAUUCAUUAUGAUGUUGAUACUGUGGAGACCGACGAUGCUAUUGACCUUGCACGCUUUAUCAUGAGCUCCUGUUCGUCGAUAGAGCUCUGUCUAUCCAGAAAAAGUGCUCUAAACUUCAAAUCAAAGCCGCAUGAAUCUCUAAAGGAGGAGCUUCCACCGAUGAAAAAGACGUGGUUGACUCAAUUACUACAAAUACCUGAAGUCGGAAAGGACACAGCCAAAUCUAUAGCCAACGUGUACAACGGACCUUCCGAGAUCAUAAAGUCCGUGAUCAAUUCUCAUGACAAAUGUCUGACUACCAUGAAGAAUAUCAGUUUGAAUAGCAAAACUAGGAGGAAGAUCGGAGCCUCUCUGGCAAAGAGGGUAACACUCCUCUACUCGUACAACCUCGUACCCGAUGAUCGAGUCUUUUAG